UUGUCAGAGUUGCAGGAUGAUUGCUGGUUACAUUAUUUCUAGUCAGAAAGUCUGAAAAGUUAAUGAUAACCAGCCUAAAAUACUUAACAGUCCAUGCAGUCUGGACAUGUGCACCGUAAGGUCCAUGCCAGCAAAGACAGAAUGGAAACUUUGCUGCAGCAGCUGACCCAGGGUAACGCUCUGAUCCUCAUCAUCAUUUUGGGAAUUGGCGGAAGCUUUCAUUGUGGCUACCACAUCACUGGACUGAGCUCUCCCUCACCGUACAUACAGCGCUUCAUCAACAGCAGCUGGUACGACAGAUAUGAAGAGCCCCCACCCCCACAGACCAUCACGAUGAUCUGGUCCCUUAUUGUUUCCAUGUAUGCUGUCGGGGGAGUCUUUGGUGCCGUCAGCGUUAAAUUUGUCUCAGGCAUGCUGGGAAGAAAAAAGGCGAUGAUCUUCAACAGCUUCAUUGCCAUUGUUGCAGCAGGGUUCAUGCUGACGAGUAAAGGUGCCAAAUCAUAUGAAAUGAUUAUUGUGGCAAGGAUCCUGUAUGGCUACUCGGCAGGUUUGGGACAGAGCACCCAUUUAAUGUACCUGGGAGAGAUUUCACCCAGAAAAUUAAGAGGCAUAGUGACUCUGACCUCUGCAACCUUCGCCUCACUUGGCAAACUGUCUGGACAGGUUUUUGGACUUAGUCAGAUCCUUGGUCGUGAGGAGCUGUGGAACAUCGUCCUCUGUGUCCCUGCGUUUUUCUCAGUGGUUCAGGUUAUUGUGUUGCCUUUUCUUCCCGAAGCUCCCAGAUACUUAUUCAUAGAGAAAGGUGAUGACAAGGCUUGCAAAAAAGCUCUCCAGAGUCUGUGGGGCCAAGGCGACUACAAAGAGGAGAUGGAUGAGAUGUUGGCUGAGCAGGCGGCCAUCGAGUCAGCCCCACCAAAAAGCCCUCUGCAGCUCCUGAGGGACAGAACUGUUCGAUGGCAGCUCAUCACCAUGUCCACGAUCUACUGCUGCAACCAGCUGUCGGGCAUGUCUGCUAUCAGUACCUUCUCUUUUGACAUCUUCCUGGAGGCAGGUAUACCAAGAGACAAGAUCCGCUAUAUCACUGUUGGACUUGGAGUAUCUGAAAUCAUCACCUCCAUCUCCUGUGGACUGCUGAUUGAGCGCACAGGGAGGAGGCCGUUGUUCUGGGGGGGUUAUGCUGUCAUGUCCGCCAGCUGGGUAUUAUUCACUGUCACGCUCAACCUGAUGGAUUCCAGCUAUUGGGUUCCAUACAUUGCUGCCAGUUUGAUCAUCUCCUUCAUCAUAUUCUUCUGUGGAGGACCUGCGGGUGCUACAGCUGCUCUCAACAGCGAGAUAUUCGUCCAGUCAGAUCGACUGGCAGCAUUUGUCCUCAUGGGGAUCCAGCGCUGGUUGAUGUUUGCUGUGCUGGGCCUGGUCUUUCCAUUCCUUAUUAAUGCCCUGAACUCAUACUGCUUUGUGCUGUUCGCCUGUGUGUGCCUGCUGGGUUGUCUGUAUACCUUCUUCCUCCUGCCUGAGACCAAAGGAAAGACAAUGUUGGAGAUCUCUGAGGAGUUUAAAGCCAUCACUGUCUGUGGGAAAUCCUCCUUAGAGGAAAAGAAAGUGGAGACCAAGUUAUGACAAUAUUUAUGUUUUGUGAUGUUUUUUAAUUAAUUGUAAAAGCCUCAGUCAAAAAACACUGUAUAUUAUACAGGGAAAGACAGCACAGUUGAAGAAUCACUGAGACAAACCUGUAAACAACAAUGAACUGUGUUUUAUUCCUUGUCAUUGUUCAUAAACCGAUUUCACUUCUAAUGCCAAUUUAUUGGCAAUUUUAUUGUGUUUAUUGUGUUUAUUAUGUUCUUUCAGGGGUGAUUUUUAUGGAGAUUGAGACAAUGUUUUGCAAAGAUGUUAGUCUUCAUUAUUUCCUAAAUUUGUACUCCUCCAUACAAUGUAAGUCACAGAAAGAACAAAUGGAAACGAAACAAAUGGCUCAUCAUGCAAUUUUAAACAUCAGAGAGGAAAACUUGCCAGUAGAUACUUAGUUAAUUGUUUUGAUAAUUUCUACAUUCCUGGGCUCCUUAAGUUAAAUCUAGUUCACCCAGUACUGAUAUUUCGGUGAUUCUUAUUUAAACUUGCAAAAAAAGAGCCACCCACUGCAACUGUAUUGUCAUGGAGGUAACCCAUACCUGACAAAACUGCACCUGCAGCUGCAAUGUUUUUGUCACUAAGAGGUCAGUUUCCUUCCUUCAGCCCUCUUGCAAUAAAUCAUCCACUGCUCCCUUUGGUCCCUCUGGGCUCUGCUCUGUGUCUUUGACUACUGCAGGGAAUUAAAUUAAUGGAAACUGUC